CGUGACGUCAGAGGGAAAUGAUCACGUGGUCAUCGGGAGGCUCCGUCUGGAAAAUCUCGUGGGAUAAACUGAAAUGCUAAUAAUAACAACACUUCUCCAUUCAUAACGGACGCUUUUUUAUUUUUUAUUUUUUUACUCUUACCGUCUAUCGCGGAUUCACAGAGGGAGGCUGGCUCUCUUGGCCGCCGUAUAUAAAAUCAGCUUCACAGUAUGGAGAACUGCUGGAUGUUUACGGACUGUAUCUCCCACCAGGAAGCUACACGACUGCUGCUUUACUCCUAUAGCAGCAAGCGUCUACUUUAACCUAUAUUUUCCCGGCUUUAAAGUCCGUUUUCUCUCGGUGCUACAAAACAAGUAAGCGUUUCUUUCUGUCCCGGUGCUAACCAACUUUCUGUGACACUAACGGUCACACAGCAGCCGUUACUAAACGUUAAUAAGCCGUUGGUUGCCUUCUCCUGUUAAUACAUCUAACUAGUUCGCUACAAAAAAGUCUGAUACACAUCGAGGACAUGCCUGAAACCAAAUUUUGAGUGUGUUUGUGUUAAGUUUGACCACGUUUUCAUCGAAAAUGAAGUCGUCCCAGGCUCCCGGCAUACGGCUUAUCACGUCCUUUUCUCGAGAUAGUUGGUAUCGAAGCUUUAUUCUUUUCCUCACCUUCCUCUUCUACACUGCCUACCAUCUGUCACGGAAACCUAUCAGCAUCGUGAAGAGUGAACUACACAGAAACUGUUCCACAGUCAUUCGGCCGGCAGACCUUAACAUAACCAAUAAUGACACCUGGUGUGACUGGGCACCCUUUGACCAGGACAACUAUCAAACACUGUUUGGGGUCUUGGAUAACUCCUUCCUGGUUGCCUAUGCCAUCGGCAUGUUUUUCAGUGGGAUAUUUGGAGAGCGCCUGCCUCUGCGGUACUACCUGAGUUUUGGGAUGCUGUCGAGCGGAUUGUUCACAUCUCUGUUUGGCCUCGGCUUCUACUGGAAAAUUCACUCAUUGGGGUACUAUGCCGUCAUCCAGGUCAUGAACGGACUGAUGCAGACCACCGGUUGGCCAGCAGUGGUGGCUUGUGUCGGCAACUGGUUUGGAAAGGGGAAGCGCGGGUUCAUCAUGGGUGUGUGGAACUCUCACACCUCAGUAGGAAACAUCUUGGGCUCCCUCAUUGCAGGUGUCUACGUCUCCUCGGAGUGGGGCAUGUCCUUCAUCGUGCCCGGCCUCAUCAUUGCCUCCACCGGGAUCCUGUGCUUCUUCUUCCUGGUUGAGAAACCUGAAGACGUCAACUGCACUCCUCCUCAGCACCACGGUGAUCAAGAGAGCAGCGAGACGGAGCCUCUCCUGCAGAACUCGUCCCACCCCGUCAACGGUGCCAUCACCACAGAGCCUCCGGAGAUUGUUGAGGAACACGCUGAGGCCAUAAGCUUCUGCGGCGCUCUCAGUAUACCUGGAGUGGUGGAGUUCUCUCUCUGCCUGCUGUUCGCCAAGCUAGUCAGCUACACUUUCCUGUACUGGCUUCCUCUCUACAUCUCAAAUGUUGCACAUUUUGAGGCAAAGGAGGCUGGAGACAUGUCGACACUAUUUGAUGUAGGAGGAAUCGUGGGAGGAAUCAUGGCGGGCCUCGUGUCUGACUAUACUGGUGGGAGAGCGACAACUUGCUGCGCCAUGUUGCUUCUUGCUGCCCCUAUGCUUUUCCUCUAUAAUUACAUCGGACAAAGGAGCCUUGGAACUACAGUUGCUAUGCUGCUUGUGUGUGGAGGCCUGGUGAACGGACCGUACGCCCUGAUCACAACUGCUGUAUCUGCUGACCUGGGAACACAUGAGAGUUUGAGAGGAAACUCCAGGGCAUUGUCAACAGUGACGGCAAUUAUUGACGGGACUGGUUCAAUAGGAGCUGCGUUGGGUCCUCUGCUUGCCGGUGUGAUCUCUCCCACCGGCUGGAACAAUGUAUUCUACAUGCUCAUAUCUGCCGACGUCUUGGCCUGCCUGUUUUUGUCCAGGCUCGUUUACAAGGAAGCUCAGGGCUGGUGUGGACGCGCCCCUCGUGUCAGAGGGUUCAAAGAAAUCUGAAUUAUACACACCAACAAGCUGGGAACCACUCACCAAUGAGGGAAACAAUGUUGUUUUAGAGAACUGACCUCACCUUACAGUGGACAACCUCUUUCCAUUUUGGCUGAAUGGAGACCGAGCCAUCAGUGGAAGAUUCAAGGCACUAAACUGAUGAUUGAAGCCUUCUUCUUAUUGUAAAACAGAGAAAUAUGUCUUUAUAAAGACAACACUUUUUUAUGACUAAUCUACUCAUUCUAACUUGUUUGUUUUAAUAUUCUUUUAUCAUUAAAGUGUACAUACUAUGCAUUUUCUUAA